CAAGGACGCGGAAUAGUAGAGGGGCAAACGGUCGUCGUCGAGAUAUGGACCAGGAACCGGUGAGCUUGAUCAGUUAUUAUUAAUCUUUUAGUCGUACUCGUAAAGUUAGUGUAGAUAAAUAGUAACGGUGUGCCAUAGGAGGAACGAGGUACGGACGUCUUUUGGAAUACAUAUCUAAUAAUCAUCUUCAAUAUUAUACAUGUGCGUUUCCAUGUCGUAUGCCUUUAGGUUUAAAUUAAUUUGAAAAAAUUAUAUAUUACGUGUUGUUUUUUUUUUCUAUAAUUUAAAUUAAAUAUUAUUGUAUCGUAUAAAAGAGGUUCCGGUACACAUAAAAUAAAAUAAAAAACUGCAACGUAAAUAAUAUCGUCGGUUUUACCUAAUUAGUACAAACAAUUAUUAAUUUGUUUUAAUUUAAAACCGUUUUUACGAUAUCGUCGUACACAAACCGAAAAAUAUUAUAAUGUAAGUAAAAUUUGAUUUGAAAUAAUAUCAUCAUAUAAAAACAGUAAAUCGAUAACUGAUAUGCAAUUUUAUUUCACGCAAAGUAAAUAAUAAAAUAAAACCAACGCAUUUCACUAUCUUCAAAAACAGCCACCGAGCAUUUAAUAGCGAUUUCGAUAGAUAUAAGGGUAAAAGAUACAAAUAAGGAGAAAAAAGGGAAAUUAAGACAAUUAUAGCUUGGGAAGUGUUGAUAUCAAUGCAUUUUUGGGAAAGCUUUUUUUUUUUUUAGGAAGUAUAAAAUGAGGUUUUUGAGCUUAUUUUUUCUUUACUUUAAAAGUAUUUUUCGGGAAUACAUUAUUAUCAAAAUAUUUCACUUCCUAUAUAGUUAAAUUAUAAUCGUAUUUUUAAACUACAAGAAAAUAAAUUGUUUUGUCCAAAAUUUCUCAAAAACUACUGAAAAAAGAAAAAACUUAGCGAAAAAUUGCACUUUUAAAAAAACGCAAACAGAAAUGUUCAAGUAUAAAGCUGAGACUUAAACUAAUAUGUAUAACAUAUUUUUUAAAACCAGCACAGGUAGAUUUUUCGUCUGCUUAAAAUUUCAAAUACGCGUAUUAAAAUUAUCAUAUUUACCAAAUAAUAGAAAUAAACAGGUUUAAAAUGUUAAAUGAUAAUAGUUACCUAUAUACUGAAAACCUGUAACAAUUAUGAUUACCUAGAGUUCUUUAUAAAAACGAAGGACGGUAGUAAAAUACGAACUAAGUACAAUAUUAUACAUUUGUACCUAUACGUAUAAUAAUUAUACAGACAUGGGCAGAGUGGCCGGUCUGAAAAUGGGAUUUUUCCAGAUAGUCUGGAUCUGUGACUUGAUCUUUGUUUUAUUUUACUUACUUUUAUUAUUUGAAAACUUAGUUAAAAGUUAUGCCAAGACAAUAUUACAUUCUUAUUUCAGUACCUGUUAAAUUUUUUUUACAUACAUUCUGGUUUAAAACAUUUAAAUGUAACUAUAGGUAUUUAUGAAAUCACUUUUCUAAUUUUUUUAGGGAUAAAAACUCCCCCCUCUCCUAUUAUCUUCGUUCAUAUCACAAGUAAAACCGUAUUUAAUUCCUCUAAAUUCAAAAUUCUUGCUCUGUCACUGGUUAGAAUUAAAAUGCGAGAAAAAUUUUAUCUUCUAGCCAGAAUUUGGUUCCCACUCCACCCAUGUGUACAGCACACCCCCGUUAAUGUUUUUGAAAUUUUAGAUUUUUAGUACUGGAAAUGGCGCCAAAAAUAAAUUACCUACGUAUUUAUUUAUCUAAAAAAUAUGUAGGUAUACUUAGUUCUAUGUUGUGAAUAUUUUUCAUUUAUUUUAAAAACCGGUUAUCCUUGAAAUCGAUAAUUUUUUUUUUUGUAAAAAUCGCAUGCAGAUAUUUAUAUAUUACUUACAGAUACUUAUAUUCUUUAAUAUUGUGUAUCACGAUGAUGACGCGAACUUUUAAAUAAUAUAUUAUUAUAUUAUAAUGUACGAACAAUUUUAUUAUUUCAUCCCUAUAGUAUAAUUAUACUUACCUAACCUAACCUAACCUUGUGGACAGUGUACCAACACAUCAUAGUAAAAUGUAAAAGUGGGUACGGGUUCGGUCACAAAUUGUCAAAAUUUGUCUGCAAUCAAUACUUAUAAUAUGUAAACAAAGUUGUAAUUAUAUAAAUUACAUAUGUACAUAGAACACAUUUAGUUUUUAAAUUGUAAUUUUAGUAACGUAUCAGUAUAACAUUAAGUAUGUCUGGGAACAGUAGGUAUACUAAAAUCAACAUUACCGAAUAUAUCGAGGAAUUUAAUCUUGUUAAUAUUAUAAAAUACCUAUAGGUAGACAAAGAACAAAUCUUCCACAUUUUUAGUUUCCGAUAAAAUCUAAAUUUAAAACACUUCAACAAACCAUUAGACAUGCAUUAUAAAUAAAAAUAAAUAAGUGUAACUCGUCCACUAGCUCUAUACGAAUUAGGCAGGUUUUUGAAUUUCGAUUACUCACAUUUACCCACCCUAGGUAAAUCGUCGCGUACGGCGUUCACAUAUAUUUUUUGUUACAAUGUAAUAUAAUAAAACUUUUAUAGGAUAACAAAAUACGUUUUUAUACUUUUAAUUUAUAAUUCAAUAAAAAUAUUUAUAUACAUAUGAAUAUUUUAACUAUGACGCUAUUCACAGGUUCUAUUAUACUUUUAUUUUUCAAUAGGAAAGUCUAUUAUUACCUAAAUUUCAGUGGAUUUUUAUAAAGCGUUCGAAAUUAAUGUUUGCAUUUUUUUAUUAUUCUAAAUUAUAAAUGAAAUAUUUAUUACAAGUGAUUUGCAUACGAUUUAAAUCCCCCCCAACUACAAAAAUAUAUAGGCAGAUAGUCAAAAUGGUAAAUAUCUACAUUUUCUCUGUAAAAUAAUGAAAUUAUGCAAAAUAGUUCAUUGUUUUAUUAAAAAUUGGAAUGUCCACAUUUUUCUUCUUCUAUGCGGUACUCGGCCUUCAAGACCUGACAGUCCAACACAAUUGCCUCUAAUCUUCUCUUUCUAAUGCUAAUACUUUCCAGUUCUCUCCUGGUCUUAUUCUUUAUACGUCUUCUUUUAUCCUGUCCUCUCAACGUAAUCUUGGGCAUCUCAACGGUUUUUUUCCUUGUGGGGCAUUUUCUAGUACCGUUCUUAGUAGUGAAGAAUAAUAAUAAACCCUCUUUACGCCAUGUGUGACCUGCCCAUAUAAGACGUCUCGUUGUGAUGUCUUCAACUAUAUUCGAGCUUUGAUAUAGUUACAAGAAUCAAUUAUAAAGUUGUAAAUUUUAGUUAUAAAAUGUCUACCUGAUAUACUAUGAAAAAUGUGUUUUAGAGCCACGACUGUCCGGUCGUGUUUAAGAAAUUAUACCUUAACUAGUCUGCAAUCGUACCGACGAUAAUUAUUUCCGUUACUAAUAUAAUUUUUUGACCCGCGAUCAGAGCCAUACCAAGACUUUUCAGCGCAUCUGGCUGUACACAAAUUUCUAAUCUUAUCACAUCAUAGACAACCUAAGUAACUAUUAAUUUUUUAUUAAAAUUUUAUAUUUAUAUAUAAAUUCUGGAUUUUGUAACCUUUUCUGAAAUGCGCUCUUGGCCUGAACCAGCCUUGCAGGCUUUUUUAGGUAUAUAUACUGAUUGUGAUAAAUAUUAAUCUCGGCAACUCUUUCAGAAAUGAAAAUUAAUACUAGGUAUCCAUUGGAAAGUAACAAACGAAUAUUGCACCAGGUGCGAAGUUUUAAAAUACGCCCUUAUAAAUUCUAAUUUACAAUGAAAACUCAAAGCUGAACAAUUUUUACGAACUACAAUCAAAUAAGUGUUUUAAUUAUCUCAGUACUGGAUUUCCUAAAUUUUGAAUUUAUUGUUUAUUGAUUUCUUUUUAACGUAAUAUGUAUAGAUUUUUAUUGCACCUGAAGCGUAGGCCCUAUUCAUCCCUCCUUCCUAUCUGCUCUGCCCAUCUGUGUAUAGUACAUUGUAACGUUUAAUCAAAAAUAAUUAUUUCUAUGAUUAUUGACGUAUUUAUAUUCCAUUACCUAACAACCGGGUUUUUUUCUUAGUCCAGAAGUAAUUUAUCCUGAAUGAAUAGCGUCGGAAGUGAGGAAAAGAAGAGCAGUUGCUUCCCAAUCUAAAAACAUAAACAAAUAAACACAUAAUUUGGCCCCCUCUUAAGUCUUAAUAUAAUUUAAAUAAAACUUUAAAAAUAGCAAAACCAAUUAAUUGAUACAUUGAUACCUAUUCAAAUGCAUUUGACAUAUGUCAAAUGAAUAAAGUUAUUUCAUUUAUCGAUGGUGAUACGGUAAAAGGGUCUAAGCGACACAAUUCAUUGUUUUCAGGAGAGUCAAAAAACAUUUAUUUGUGAUUUUAAUAUUAUUCUUUUUAGGUUGGCAAUAACUUUUUUUUGGUUGGAAUAGGGAAUUUUUUCAUUGAGUAUAGACACGGAUCCAGAGGAAAGAUCUGAGGGGGGUCCAACAAUUUUUUUACAACACAAAUACAAUUAAACUAUAAUAUAAUACAUUAUUUAUAUUAUUUUGUCAUACAAUUCUCAUAAAAAAAAUCGGAGAAAUAAUAUGUCUAGGGAGGCCUGGAUCGCAAUGCUCCCCCCUCCUUCCAUCCCUAAUUAAAUACUUUUUUUUUAGUUUGUACGUCCUUAAUAUGAAUACGCAUUUUUGAUUAGCUUUUAUUGUCGUUUAGACCUUAUUAUUGAGAAGAUUAAAUAAAAAGUAUAGUAUCCCAAACUUAAAAUUCAAAUGGUUCGUUAAAUAAUGGUCAGAGCUGUUUUUGAGCACGAGCAAUGAACGAAAUACGUAUUUCUCCUUCUAACAUUGAAGCUGUGUCACUUAGACCCUUUUGCCGUGUCGCCAUCGAUAUAUCAUAACCCUCUCUUCCAUAGAAGAAUAGUUCCUGUGCAACAAUCCUUCCCCCGCUCCCAUACACUCCCAUGCGCUCCCAUGUACACUACUGGUUUUACUGUUAUUACUUCUUAAAUGCCAAACAUUUUAUUAAAGUAUCUAUUAUAAAUAGUGAAAAUAUAAAUUAAUUGCAUAAAGAAAUAUACACCUAGGUACUUAAAUAUUAUGUAAAAAAUACUUAGAGUCGAUGGAGUAUAAAUAUUUAUACGUAAGUGCAUAAUUAAGAUUUUUUAAGUUACUGCCGGAGCUAGAGGAAAAAAUUGAACAUUUAGCGAAUUUCCCAAAAAAUUUUAAGGGUUCCCGUGAAAAGUCUCUAACAUACACGUAUACGGGGGCCGAGCCAUCAUCGCCUAGUUACUCCGAUAGGAUAGAACCUUAGUACCUAUUACUGAAAUAUAAAUACAAAUUUAUCAGUGACCUAUUCUUAUUUUUAUCAACUACAAAGAUUAACAGAAAUAUAACGUUGUCAUUAAAAAAUAAAAAUAUAGGUAAGGGACACAAAUUGUUGCGUAAUAUUAGUAUAUUAUUAUAAUACUUUUUCAAAAUUGACUAAUUAAGCUAUAUCUUAAAUAUCUUACCUAUGUAGGUUUAGUACUCUGAUAUAUAUAUUAUUAUUACAUAUUAUGUGUGCGUGUUGACAUUUUAAAAUUAUUCGAAUAGUCUUCAAUGUAUUCUUUGAAAAUAUAUAAUAUACCUAUAUCCUGAAGGUACAUUCUUAUACGUACAUUCUAUUUCAACGUCCCGUAGAUGACUAUCUUUUAGAUUCUGUGUGGAACGAGGAAUGUAUUGGUUUUACAAUGAUAUCAUUUUUUUUUUCCUUUGAACAACUUUUCUACCACCAAUUUCGCUCCGAUUUACAAUGAAAGCACUUUUUCUGAAGGAAAAUCUGACUGGGAUGGUAAGUAAUUUUUUUGAUUUUCUCAGGAGUUUUCCCAAUAAAUGAGAAAAACGUAGGAAAACAGGAAAGUAGGUACAAUAUUAAAUAAACAUUAUUAAAGAAAAUAUAUAAUGUAUGUGUAAUUAUUUUAUCAUAAUAUGACAUAUUAUGUAUUUUUGACAAAGCAACACUAUCGUCUGAACUCUGAAUCUGAGUGGAGUUCCACUCAGAAUCGAUUUUUCGUUAGCAAUGGUUAUUCGUUGCGUACGUAUAUAUAUUAAAUUUCCUUUUUACUACUUUCUUAACUUCUCACCUACAACUGUGGUCCACCCACGUGCAAAGUACGUCCGUCUCUUUUAAUUACGCGAAUCUACGAAUUUACAAUAUUAUUGUAUUAUACAGAGAUAAUAUAGAAUAAUGUGUAUUUUGUACCAAUUCUAGAACAAAAUUGUUUAUACAAAAAAAAGAAAAAAUAUAAAAAACAGAACUGAUUGCGUAAUUUAUAUAUUUUUAUCAUAAUAUGAUAUCCGUUUAUGUGCAAAAUAUACUUUAUUAAAAUCUCCAAUGUAUAUUUUUUUUAGCAGAAUGUGGGAGGCGAUGUAUGAUGUCAACAUGGACGGAACGAAUGAUUUUUAUAACAAUAUGAUAGAUACGCCAUCGUCACAGGUAAGACUUCUAUUAAUAGCAUUGUAUUACCUAUUAUAAUAAAUGUUUAAAAUAGAAAACUAAUUUUUUAAAAUUCGCCUCUUGGAUAGGUCAUUUGAGGGGAGGGGAAGUGGUAGAUCAUAACGAACAUAUUUUAUUUUUAGAUUGGCAUCUACCAACCAAAAACGAAUUUUGCCCAAAAAUUGCUUUUAAAGACUGUGAAAAACACACCAUUUUGGGAGAAGUUAUUCGUAGGUAUAGGAAAAUGUUCUGAAGAUAACGCUCUGACCCAUUUCCAAAAUCUCAUCUAUGAAAACUUGAUCUAUUAACUUUGUUAUAUAUUGUAAUCAAAAUAUCGUAAGUCACUCAUUAUCUCGGAAAGUGGGUGACAAAAAAUAACAUAAAAGUAAAAUUGUAGAGCUGCUUGUUUCUCAAAUUAUCUAUAAAAUAGAUUCCGAAAAAAUGAGUGUCUUACGAUAGGACGAUCACUCUGUAUAUAUAUCUAUCGAUAAUUUGAAUUGCAUGCCUAUUACAGAAACAUGUUUUUAAAUUACCUUCCAAGAAUAUGGCAUUUAUUUAGUUUUAAUUAACAUACAAAACCGAACCAGUUCUUCACCAAAAAGAAAAAUAGAAAUCUAGCUAAUCUACAAUAGGGGAAUGCGGCAAAAUUUUUUUUCCAAAUUUUGAUUUAUCAAGUUUUGCUAACCGUCAAAUAUAAGUAGGUAGGUACACCACUGACACCGUUGCUAAACAUAGGUAUUGAAAAAAAUUUUGCCCCUAAAAUAUUAUAUUAAAAUUUAAAACUGUUAUUUUGCGGUCAGUAAAAAACAUGUUUAUUCGAUUUUAGUACGAGCUCGAUUGCGGUUACAAUUAUUUUGUUAACUACGAACUCGGUAAAGAUACUACGGCAGUGUUCACAAACCUGAAAAUAGAAGACUAUUCGGAACACACUUACGAGACUCUCGAGACUAGUUAUCAGCCGGUCAAUAAUGGCGAACAACUGCAACAACAGUGGCAAUCUACGUCCGAUCAACUCUCCCAACACGUCCCCGUGUAUAAUCCGCCGGACAACUAUUACAUGCAUUCCAACGACAAAAACUAUUUACUACCCACCAUAUUAGGUACUUUUGUGCAGUCAACGUACCUAUAAAACACAUUUAAUUUUACUGUAGAUCCUUUUCAAUUCCUCUAAUCUAAUAUGCCCCGAUAUUUUUUUUUUAUUGCAGACGUUGACAAGAAUUAUCACAAAGCGACCGCGUCGAUCGUGAAAAAACGAGCGGGACGACCACGUGGGGCUAAAGUCAAAAGAUCAAAAGCCGAGCCCAAACUCAGUAGGAUAUGGGAAUUUAUCAGAGACUUGCUAUUGGACUCUCAAUACUGUCCAACGUACAUCUGUUGGGAAAAUUACGAGGAGGGCCGAUUCAGAUUCGUGCAGAGCGACAAAGUGGCCAAAUUGUGGGGUAAAUUCAAACGCAACGAGAGAAUGAAUUACGAGAAAUUCAGCAGAGCUAUGCGAUAUUAUUAUAAGACUGGUGUUUUAUUGCCCGUCCAAGGAAAACGGCUUGUUUAUAAAUUUGGACCAAAAGCUACUGGAUGGCAUACAAACAAUCCAAAUUUUAAAUAUGAUUUUUAAAUAAUAUUAUUUUUGAUUGAUGUGUUUGUAUAUAUAUAUAUGUUAUACUUAAACUUAUGAGUGUGUAUUAGUGUACAAUUUUUUACUUUAUAACUUGCCUACUUAUGUAAGUUUGUUACAGUUAUUUAUGUAAAUUGUUUGAUUAACAUUGUAAUUGUUGUGAAAAGAAGAAAAUACCUCAAUUAUUUAUACAAGUAUACGAUUUGUGUACAAAGUAAUUACUGUAGAUGUUUACAAGCUUAAAAUGUAUUAAAUUUUGUUUAUACUGUAGUUAUUAUUUAAGCGCUAUAUAUAUUUUUCAUAAAAUCUAUACAUACACGUAGGUAAUCAAUAAUAUUAAACAAUAUAAAUUGUAUUAAAAUAAAGUCUGAUCAAAAUGUAAAAUUAUAACUAACUGUUAAAUCAUAAUAUUAUAAUACAUUUCCAAUUAACAAGAAAAAUAUUGAAAAUGAUUUUAUCAGUUAUUACAAUAUUUGUGAAAAAUAGAGUAGAGCCUCAUUAAUAAGAAUAGACAUCAAGUAACAUAUAAACUAUGCAAUUUAUACAGAAGAUCAAAAUAAACAUGAAACGAGUUCCACAAAUUUCCCCUGAAUGCUUUUAUUGUGAUUAUUUAUAAAUUACUUACAUUUUAAUACAUAUUCUUAAAUCUAUAAUAAAUAAAAGGUAUUUUUUUUUAGUUGAGGCCGGUGAACUUUUAAAUAAUAAAAAAAAUACACAGAUUUUGGUUGUUUUGUUUAAUCAGAACAACCUAGAGUCCCAAUAAAUCUGAAUUAAUGAGGUUCUAUUGUAAUCUUAUAUUUUGAUUUUAAAAUUCAAAACAUCAUAGUUUUUCGAUCUCAUUUAUAUUAUAUAAUUUAAAAUUAUAGCAAAAUAUAAGUUUUUGUUUUAUAUUAAUAUAAAUAAUAAUUAUAUAUAAGUUAAAAAUCAAAUAAAUAAAUAAAUUGAAUAAAUAAUAAUUUUUGAAACAAAAUAGGUUUCAUAAUAAAUUACAUUUGUUUUACAAAAAUAAUGUUUAUUUAUGCCUUAAAUUAUUUAAUCUUGCUUGAAGGUCUGCAUCAUUAUCAUUUGGUUGUGUAGCAGCACCACUACCUUCAUCUUGAGCCACCAUUGACAUUUUGUCUGUGGCAGCUAAACUUAUUGACCCAGAGACUGAGGGCAAUCCAGACAAUUGGUCUGUAAGCUGAAGACCUAACUCAUCUAAUACUUGUAUUACAAUUUGAUCUCUGAAAAAAAGAUUUCACUUUUAAUAAUAACAAACACUUGAAAGCUAUAAUAAUAUUUAUGAUUAUGUGCUUAACCCUUAAUACAUUCUCAAUUAAA